AAGGACCCAUGCGAGCAAACAAACUUUAUUCACGAAGUUCAUGAAUCGGCGUUGACUAGUUUUGACUAGUUUUUCAAAAGUUUUUCAAAAGCAAUCAUGCCCAGUGGUUGUUUGGUACCCGGUUGCACCGAAAAGUCGAGGUUGGGACAGAGUGUAAGUUUUCACGGUUUGCCAGUGAAAGACGCUCAGCGUUGCAAACUAUGGCUGCGGGCGAUAAACAACCCCAGAGUUGGAGAAGACACCGGGAUGGAAAUGAUAAAAGGAAAAACGAUAUGCAGUCUCCAUUUCAAACUGGAGGAUUUUGAUGGAAGACUUUUCGGCAAGAUAAGGUCCGCACUCAAACCAACUGCUGUUCCGUCCGUCUUCGCUGUGGGCCCGUUCCCAGAUGACGAACAGGCCGGGGCUUCUAAUGCACCUCCCGCAGCGAAACGCAGUCGCCUACAGAACGCUGCUAGUGGUCAUGGCGCAUUGACUCUCUCUGCAUCCUCCAACCCGCUGAAGACCUUCCCUUUGACAUCCACACCAGUGAAAACCUUUCCCUCGGACCAAGGACUAUCGACAUCGUGCCCCGACACACCUGGGACCCUUGAUUCAAGUUUUAGCACUGUGGGUGAAGCAGACGAAAACUAUCAGCCAAACACAACUGUCACCCCCACGUCAACGUCUUCAUCAGAAGAUGAAGGCAUCAAUGACUGGCAUGGAAAGAAGAUCAUUGUGAAUGAGUCCUGCUUGUUGUCACUUUUCAAAUUUUGCCAAAUGUGCGGCAAGCCUCUGUCAUCAAAAAAUGUCUUUGACUGUGGGGCGCAAAGGAAGGUGACGUGGACAUGUCUUGCUGGACAUUCCGGGACAUGGAGAUCAUCGCCUGAAGUGAGGGGAAUGGCAGAGGUGAACCUCCUCGCAGCGGCAGCUGUUCAGUUCAGGGGUGGCACGUACACUGAACUGUCAGACUGGUGCAAGACCAUGAAUGUCCAAAUGAUCGCCAAGACUACAUUUUAUGAGAUGCAGAAGGCUUACUUGCACCCUGCCAUUGAAGACCUAUAUCAACAACAGAGAAAAGAAAUCAUGGCCAGAGUGUACCUAGAACAGGAGGACGGGAAGAAGCUACACUUGUCAGGGGAUGGCCGGUGUGACACCCCAGGUUUCAGUGCCAAGUACUGCCAUUACACCCUCAUGUUGGACGACACCAAGGAGAUUAUUCACACAGAACUGCUGCAGUCUACAGAAGCCGGCAGCUCUGUUGCCAUGGAACCACUCGGUUUCAAAAGGGGCAUGAAGGAGAUCAUGGGUGAAGGCUUAGAUAUUGAGGUGAUGACCACGGACCGCUCAACAUCGAUACGUAAGAUCAUGAGGGAAGAAUUCCCCAAUGUUCAGCAUGAGUUUGACAUCUGGCAUACAGCGAAAGGUUUGAGGAAGAAGAUACAGAGGAAAGGAGCAAUUAAAGGGAACAAAAUUCUUGCUGCAUGGAGCAGGUCAAUCAUAAACCACCUGUGGUUUACCUGUGCAACAAGCAAGGGUGAUACAGAGAUACUGAAAUGCAGAUGGCAGUCCAUUCUACACCACGUGUGUAAUGAGCAUGAAUGGACGGAGGAUGAUGGACAAACAAACCGGUGUGGACAUCAUCCUCUAACAGCCCAGGAGCAAAGCAAGCGCCAAUGGAUGAAGAGGGAGUCUUCAGCGUUUGAAAAUCUCGAAUCGCUGGUAAAUGACAAAAGGCUUUUGAAAGACCUGGAACAGAUGGCCCUGUUCAAACACACUGGGCCGCUGGAGAUCUUUCACAGUGCAAUGCUCAAGUACCUCCCAAAAAGGCAGGGAUUCUCUUUCCAGGGAAUGAGAGAAAGGGGUCAUCUUGCAUGUUUGGAGCACAAUGAAAACAUUGUCAAAAGAAAGCAGGCCACAACCAUGACAGGACAACCACGCUUCAACCAAGUGUUUUGCAGGAGAUCCAAGCAGUGGGUCGUGAAGCAGAUUUUUAUUCCACACACCACCCAGUUCAUUGACACACUUUUCACAAGUGUCAUAACCAGAAGACGAAACCCAACGAUUCUAUAUAAGGUUUCAACAUCCUCACUUGCCCUGCCCCAGCCUGCGCUGCCACCUAACAUUGCACCAGUGCCAAAACCACCAAAGGAGGCGGCAGUGGCUGAAUUAAAAAGGCGCUUCUGAGAGGGACAUCUGACCUAUUUUAUCUAUUUAAACGUAUCUUUUAUAAAACAUUUGUUUUCAAUCUUAUCUUUGUAAAUAUUGGAUCAUUUUCCUUUGUGAAUAAAUUCUUAUUGUUUUU